AUGUCGGCACAGCGCAAGUUCGAAUUAAUACCCACAACUCUCGCUGGCCCCAUUGCCUAUAAACCUCCCAUGACUAGCAAGCAAGUCAAGAAAGCAUAUCAACAAGCCAAUCGUUCGAGGAAAAUUACUCGUAUUGAACAACGAAAAUUAGAGGCCCAGGAAUUUGCACGACAGAGGAAAGAAUAUGAACAAGAAAAAGCGUCAGCUAGAGCAAAAACCACAAGAGAUAGGAAAGCAGCAAAGACUUUGGUCGAAAGAGAGGCACGAAGGAAAGUUCAACUGCCUGAUUCUCGACGAUCUCUACGUGCCAGUCAGCCUUCCAUCUCAAUGUAUGUGAGAAACAACCCAUCUGUGCAGAGAGGCUGGCAGAUGGAGAAAGAAUCGAGUGAAGAUUCGGAAACAAUAACAGAUGUGCAUUUUAAUCAAACAGAAGAGAUGAUAGAGUCUAUUACAGGUCCAAAAAUAAGUCAAUAUACAGCCGAUUUAGAUUCUGAAAACGAGUUUGGUGACUUUCCAUCAUUUUCGCAACUUGAGAUAUUUGACAGUCCUAUCAACCAACAAAAUAAAACUCCUUGCCUAUCGUUAGCUUUUGAUGAUAAAAAUGCGGGAAAGGUAGAAAAACAAGCUUUUGGAUCAAGUCAAAGGGAAAAAGUGACAUUGGUAUCCCCAAAACCCCAAUUUCAAUUAUCCGAGCAAUGUGUGGAUCUAAAUUCACAACUUGAAGAUAGAGGAUGUGCUCUAGUAUCGAAAAAGACUCUAAUGGAAGCUAAUUUGAAUGCAUGCGAACAAAAUGAGUUUACAUUCGAGCGAUUGAGUACGCCUAAGACAACUUUGUGUCCUGUUGACCAACAUCGUUAUGAUGUUCACAAUAAAAUUGUGGCGACAAGAAGUCAACUAUCUCUAGAAGAUCAACAUAUCAACCUAGCCGAUAAUUUAUAUACUGAACAUGCAGAAACUCGACUAUUUGAUUCUUCUCCGAGCAAAAUACCUCUUUCAUCUACACAAGUCUUUCUUGAAGAUCACCUCGAAGAUUUUUUCCCUAGCCCAACCCAAGAAGUGCGUGAACUGGAGAUUAUUGAGGACACCGAAGAAUAUGUUUUCCCAUCAAAUUCACAAAUAAUGACAGAAAUAUGUAAACCUGAUGACCUUGGAGAAGUAGAUCUAACCCUCAAAACUCUUAUCCCGCUCCAAUCACUAAAAUCAUAUAAUGAAGAGGAAAAAUCUAAUGAGAAAGAUUAUCCAAAAUACAGCGGAUGUAUCGCACAAAGCCCUGAAGUUGAUGUAGCUAGGACCAUUGAAGACAAUGAUUUCUUGGACGACCAAAUCUGUACUCAGGACUUUCUUAUUCUUUCACAACAAAUUCGUUCGGGUAAACCCUCCAUUUCUAUACCUGAGGCUGGGCAAGCUCAACCAGAUGUGAAUCGCGGAAGUAAAGGUCGAUUUUUCGAAGAGAAAGAGGAAGAUUUAUUACAGGCGGCUCUCUACGAAAGUAAAGUAAUGAACACGGAAGGUUUAAAUAUACUUAAAAAUCUGGACACUUUAUCUAAAGAAAGCAUGACUAUCCAAAAUCAGCAAAUCUCACCCAAACUUCUCCCAAUAAGCUUUUUUGAAAAUACUGGAUCAAUUUCACUAUUGCAACCUGAAGAGCCCAAAUCCACCAAAAUCUCAUUAAACAAUAACCCUGAUGAAAGUCAAACUAGUUUAAUACCAUCGCAAAUUACAGACUAUGGGGCUGAUGAACUAGAAUCUGAGGACUGGGAAGAGCUCUACAAUCUAUGCUGA